AUGGAGGACUUUUUGUUCUGUGCAGCCCUCGAAGGUCGGACGACUUCGGACGAAAUCUUCUCGGCCUUCAUGUCCGCAACGUCAGACAUGGAUCUCGACUGGAAUAAAUGUGUCGGAAUUUGUACCGAUGGUGCCAGGAAUAUGACGGGGCGUACGUCAGGAUACGUCCGUAAGUUCUCAGCUAUUGCCCCGAACGCGGAAUGGACACAUUGUUUCAUCCAUCGCCAAGCCCUGGCAUGCAAAUCGAUGCCCAUUGAGCUGAAGAACGUCAUGGACAGCUGUGUUCAGGUGGUAAAUUUCAUAAAAGAUCGCGCAACGAAUUCCCGACUCUUCAAGCUUAUGUGCGAGGGAACCGACGCCGAUCAUCAUCAGCUCCUGUUCCACACAGAGGCUCGCUGGCUUUCCCGAGGGAACAUGCUUGAGAGACUGUAUUCGCUCCGUGAAGAAGUGCGUUUGUUCCUUCUCGAGCAGAAACAAAUUUAUCUUGGGCAACUCUUCCAUCAGAACGGAUGCGGCGCAUACAUCGCUUACCUAUCGGACAUUUUCGCCCACAUUAACGUCUUGAAUGCAACCCUGCAGACCCCGACGAUGAAUCAGAUCACCGCAAAGCAGAGGCUCCACGCUUUCAAGGGGAGAGAUCCUCAGUUAGUUUGCCUGAUGGCACAUCACCUACGACAGCUACAAGAUCAAUUCGAUGAUAAUCUCCCGAGCGAAGAUCUUACCGACGAUACAGGGGUCGAGAAUCCUUUUUACGUGGAUGUACAUCGCAUGCCAGAUAAGUUGAGCGCCUCAGAGAAAGAAAGCCUCAUCGAAGUAAGCUGUGACAAUCUCCUACGCUCGAUACACCAUCAGGAAGGGACAUCCGCGAUGUGGACCGCAGCUGUGGUUCCAUACGAGUCCCUCGCGAUGAAAGCUCUGAAGAAGCUGGUUCCCUUCGCCACAUCAUACUUGUGCGAGUCGGCAUUUUCGCAUAUGGUUUUCGUCAAAACGAAGGGGCGAAGCCGGCUGACCAAUGAGAAUCUCGAAGCUCAGCUUCGGAUCAAGGUAUCGCGGAUCGAACCGAAGAGCUCAUUGAGGAUGUUCAGCAACAACCAUCGCAUUAAGAGCCUAAGCCAAUUUGUUUGA